AUGGCCGACGAAUCCAAAGUUCCCCAAGACAACGUCGACGAAACCCCCAUCUCUCCCACCAACUCCAACGCCCCCGCGCGUAGGAAUUCCAUCGAGCAUCAUCUCCUCCAUCGCCCCGCCCGAGAAGAGCUCGUACAGAAGAAUAUCCUCCCCGAUUCGACAGCCGCGCCGUCUCUACAAGCCCAACAAAAGGACCUCGCCAAGCACAUGCGUGCCGACUCCCUCAGCGACAAGAUCUCCCAUCGCCCAUCUCCAGAGACUCUUCUAGAGAAGGGUGUUUUGCACGAGGACCCUCGCAGUUUAGACGAGGAGAGUCUACCAUCUGGCGAAAAAGCAUAG